AUGGCGGAAAUGGCUCCAACUGACCCCACUAAAAUGGGGAAAGGCCGGGCAAUUGCAGUGUUGACAUCGGGUGGUGAUGCCCAGGGCAUGAAUGCAGCUGUGAGGGCCACAGUUCGGAUGGGACUGUACACUGGAGCCAAAGUCUUUUUUGUCCAUGAGGGUUACCAGGGACUAGUAGAUGGUGGAGACAACAUCCGCCCUGCUACGUGGGAAAGUGUAUCCAUGAUGUUGCAGCUGGGUGGAACUGUUAUCGGGAGCGCCCGCUGUCAGGACUUCCGCUCAAGGGAGGGUCGUACCAAAGCGGCCUAUAAUUUGGUCAAACUGGGCAUCACCAAUCUUUGUGUCAUUGGAGGUGAUGGCAGUCUCACAGGUGCCAACCAGUUCAGGACUGAAUGGAGCGGGCUACUGGCAGAUUUAAUGAAAGCUGGUAAGAUUACGGCAAAUGAAGCAAAGGCAUCCUCCCACCUCAACAUUGUCGGAAUGGUGGGUUCUAUUGACAAUGACUUCUGCGGAACUGAUAUGACCAUCGGCACAGACUCUGCCCUGCAUCGUAUCAUGGAGAUAGUGGAUGCCAUUGCUACCACAGCACAGAGUCACCAAAGGACAUUCAUCCUGGAGGUGAUGGGCAGACAUUGUGGUUACCUGGCUUUGGUGACUGCUCUGGCAUGUGCUGCCGACUGGGUGUUCAUUCCAGAAAUGCCCCCAGAAAAGGACUGGGAGGAUCAUAUGUGCAGACGACUGACUCAGCAAAGGCAGCUUGGCAACCGCUUGCAUAUCAUCAUUGUCGCAGAAGGAGCAAUAGACCUCAGUGGCCAACCCAUCAGCUGUGACUACGUCAAGCAGCUGGUUACAAAAAGGCUUGGCUUUGAUACUCGUACCACAGUUUUGGGCCAUGUGCAGAGAGGCGGAACCCCCUCUGCCUUUGACAGAAUCCUGGCUAGCAGGAUGGGUAUGCAGGCAGUGAUGGCCUUAUUAGAGGCCACACCCGAAACUCCUGCCAGUGUAGUUAGCUUGUCAGGAAACAUGGCUGUCAGGCUGCCUCUGAUGGAAUGUGUCCAAGUGACAAAAGACGUCACCAAAGCAAUGGCUGAAAAAAGGUUUGAGGAUGCAGUGAAGCUCAGGGGAAAGAGCUUCGAGAACAACUGGAAUGCCUAUAAAAUGCUGUCUCACAUUCAUCCUCCAGAUACGAAGAGUAAUAUCAACAUAGCAGUAUUAAAUGUGGGAGCCCCAUGUGCCGGAAUGAAUGCUGCAGUUCGUUCAGUUGUCAGAACUGGACUCCUUCAAGGUCACCAGAUGCUAGCUGUGCAUGAUGGAUUUGAUGGUUUAGCCAAUGGUCAGAUUGAGCCAAUUGGCUGGACUGGAGUGGCUGGAUGGGUAGGAAAGGGUGGCUCUCUCCUUGGUACAAAAAGAACCCUGCCAGGUAAGCACUUGGAGGAAAUAAGUGUGAACAUCGCGAAGUUCAACAUUCAUGGUAUUGUCCUUGUCGGAGGAUUUGAGGCAUUUGUUGGCGCUCUGGAGAUGGUGGAGGCGAGACAGAAGUUUGAAGAAUUCUGCGUCCCUUUUGUCGUCAUUCCUGCAACUGUGUCCAACAAUGUUCCCGGUUCUGCCUUCAGUAUUGGCGCAGACACGGCGCUUAACACAAUAACCUCGUCAUGUGACCUGAUUAAGCAAUCAGCAGCAGGCACCAAGCGAAGAGUGUUCAUUGUUGAGACCAUGGGGGGAUACUGUGGAUACCUGGCAACCAUGGCUGGUUUAGCAGCUGGAGCUGAUAACGCUUACAUCUAUGAAGAGCCUUUCGGCAUUAAGGACCUGAAGAUGAACGUGGAGCAUCUGACAGAGAAGAUGAAGACAACAGUGAAGAGAGGACUUGUUCUGAGAAAUGAGAAAUGCAAUGAAAACUACACUACAGAUGUUCUUUUCAAUCUGUACUCUGAAGAAGGAAAAGGCAUUUUUGACUGUAGGAAGAAUGUACUUGGUCAUAUGCAGCAAGGUGGAACCCCAAGCCCCUUCGAUAGGAAUUUUGCAACUAAGAUGGGAAUCAAGUCUAUCUUAUGGUUGACCGACAAAUUGAAGGAAUGCUACCGACAUGGCCGUAUCUUUGCCAAUUCUCAUGAUUCCGCAUGUGUGCUGGGCAUGAGGAAGAGGUCUUUGAUUUUCCAGCCUCUGACAGAGCUGAAAGAACAAGUCGAUUUUGAGCACCGUAUUCCAAAAGAACAAUGGUGGAUAAGGCUGAGGCCCGUCUUAAAAAUCCUGGCCAAGUAUGACGCCCAACUGGAUACUUCCAACAUGGCUGAAAUGGAGCAUGUCAUCAAGAAGAGAGGACAAGUUCCACAAUAA